GCCACCGUGCCAGCCCCCAGGAUGGGUGCCCUGAGUGGGUGCCUGGCGCUGGCCUGGGUCCUCACGGCCCUGCUCUUGGUGCAGAAGACAGAGACCCAGGGCAGCGUGGAGCCCGACCGGGCAAGCACAGAGGAUGCCACGCUCAGUCGGAGAGCGGACAUCGCUUGGAGCAUGAGCGUCCUCCCGCCCAUCACCGUCUUGCCCACCAUGAGCUCCCGGAACCCCGCGCACAACGGGCGCGUGUGCAGCACCUGGGGCGACUUCCACUACAAGACCUUCGACGGGGACGUCUUCCGCUUCCCGGGCCUGUGCAACUAUGUCUUCUCCGCGCACUGCGGCGCCGCCUACGAGGACUUCAACGUCCAGCUCCGCCGCGGCCUGGCCGGCUCCAGGCCCACCAUCACCCGCAUCGUCCUCAAGACCCAGGGGCUGGUGCUGGAGGCCUCCGACGGCUCCAUCCUCAUCAAUGGGCAACAGGAGGAGCUGCCUUACAGCCGCGCGGGCCUGCUGGUGGAGCAGAGUAACGUGUACAUCAAGGUCACUGUCCGGCUGGUGCUGACCUUCAUGUGGAACAGAGAGGACAGCGCCCUGCUGGAGCUGGACCCCAAGUACGCGAACCAGACCUGCGGUCUGUGCGGGGACUUCAACGGGCUCCCGGCUGUCAACGAGUUCUACUCCCACAAUGCCAAGCUGACCCCUGUGCAGUUCGGGAAUCUGCAGAAGCUGGACGGGCCCACAGAGCAGUGCCAGGACCCCCCGCCUUCCCCGGCCAGCAACUGCACAGACAGGGAGGGCGUCUGCCACCGCACCCUGCUCGGCCGGGCCUUUGCGGAAUGCAACACGCUGGUGGACCCCGCCGUGUACGUGGCCGCCUGCACCCAGGACCUGUGUCGCUGCCCCACCUGCCCUUGUGCCACCUUUGCGGAGUACUCCCGCCAGUGCGCCCACGCGGGGGGACAGCCCCAGAACUGGAGGGGCCCGGACCUCUGCCCCCAGACCUGCCCCUUCAGCAUGCAGCACCGCGAGUGCGGCUCGCCCUGCACCGACACCUGCUCCAACCCCCAGCGCUCCCAGCUCUGCGAGGACCACUGCGUAGACGGCUGCUUCUGCCCCCCAGGCACGGUGCUGGAUGACGUCACCCACGGGGGCUGCGUGCCCCUGGAGCAGUGCUCCUGCAGCCACGGCGGCCACGCCUACGCCCCGGGCGCCUCCUUCACCACCAGCUGCAGCUCCUGCACCUGUUCCGGGGGGCUGUGGCAGUGCCAGGACCUUCCGUGCCCUGGCACCUGCUCUGUCCGGGGCGGGUCGCACGUCUCCACCUAUGACGAGAGGCUCUACGACGUGCAUGGGGACUGCAGCUACGUCCUGUCCAAGACCUGUGCAGGCAACGGCUUCAGCGUGCUGGCCGAGCUGCGCAAAUGUGGCCUGACGGACAACGAGAACUGCCUCAAAUCGCUGGCGCUCAGCGUGAACGGCGGGGACACGGUCAUCCAGAUCCAGGCCAACGGCGGGGUGCUUAUGAACUCCAUCUACACCCGGCUGCCCAUAUCAGCAGCCAACAUCACUGUCUUCAGGCCCUCCUCCUUCUUCGUCCUGGUGCACACGGGCCUCGGGCUGCAGCUGCAGGUGCAGGUGGUGCCGCUCAUGCAGGUGUUUCUCAGGCUGGACCCCUCCUACCACGGACAGACGUGCGGCCUGUGCGGGAACUUCAACCAGAACCAGGCUGACGACUUCCGGACCCUCAGUGGCGUGGUGGAGGGCACGGCCGCCGCCUUCGCCAACACCUGGAAGACCCAGGCCGCCUGCCCCAAUGUUAAGAACAGCUUCGAGGACCCCUGCUCCCUCAGUGUGGAGAAUGAGAACUACGCCCAGCACUGGUGCUCCCUGCUGACUGACCCGGCCGGAGCCUUCUCCCGCUGCCACUCUGUCCUCAACCCCGCACCCUUCCACUCGAGCUGCAUGUUCGACACGUGUAACUGUGAGAAGAGCGAGGACUGCCUGUGCGCGGCCCUGUCCUCCUACGUGCAUGCCUGUGCUUCCAAGGGGGUGCUGCUCGGCGGCUGGAGGGACGGCGUGUGCACCAAGUAUGUGAGCAGCUGCCCCAAGUCCCAGAACUACAGCUACGUGGUGGACGGCUGCCAGCCCACCUGCCGGGCUCUGAGCCAGGUCGACGUCACCUGUGGCAUCGACUUCGUGCCUGUGGACGGCUGCAUCUGCCCCUUGGGCACCUUCCUGGACGACUCGGGCGCCUGCGUACCCGCCGACGCCUGUCCCUGCUACUUCCGUGGCUCCGUGGUGGCCCCCGGGGAGGUGGUGCACGACAACGGUGUGGUGUGCUCGUGUGCGGGUGGGAAACUGAGUUGCCUGGGAACAGCGGAGCAGAAGAGCUCAGGGUGUGCAGCCCCCAUGGUGUACUUGGACUGCAGCAACGCCUCAGCGGGCACACCCGGGGCUGAGUGUCUCAGGAGCUGCCACACGCUGGACGUGGACUGUUUCAGCACCCACUGCGUGUCUGGCUGCGUCUGCCCCCCGGGGCUGGUGUCGGACGGGAGCGGGGGCUGCGUGGCCGAGGACGACUGCCCCUGUCUGCACAAUGAGGCCGCCUACAAGCCUGGGGACACCAUCAGGGUCGACUGUAACACUUGCACGUGCAGGAACCGCAAGUGGGAGUGCACCCGCAAGGCCUGCUUGGGCACCUGCGUGGCCUAUGGGGACGGCCACUUCAUCACCUUUGAUGGGGAGCGUUACAGCUUUGAGGGGAGCUGCGAGUACACGCUGGCCCAGGACUACUGUGGGGGCAACGGCACCACCAAUGGGACCUUCCGCGUGAUCACCGAGAACGUCCCCUGUGGGACCACGGGCGUCACCUGCUCCAAGGCCAUCAAGCUGUUCCUGGGGAACUCCGAGCUGGUCCUGCACGAGGGAGCCUACAAGGUGCUGCAGCGGGGACCAGGCCGAGACCUGCCCUACAGAGUCCGGUACAUGGGUAUCUACCUGACCGUGGAGACUCCCGGGGGCCUGGUGCUGUCCUGGGACCGCAAGACAAGCGUGUUCAUCCAACUGCAGCAGGACCACAAGGGCCGGGUCUGCGGGCUGUGCGGGAACUUCGACGACAACGCGGGCAAUGACUUCACCACGCGGAGCCGGUCCGUGGUGGGCAGCGCGCUGGAGUUCGGCAACAGCUGGAAGUUCUCCCCGUCCUGCCCCGACGCCCCGGCCCCCAGGGACCCCUGCGCCGCCAACCCGUACCGCAAGUCCUGGGCCCAGAAACAGUGCAGCAUCAUCAAUGGCGCCGCCUUCACCGCCUGCCACUCUCAGGUCGACCCCACGAAGUACUACGAGGCCUGCGUGGGCGAUGCAUGCGCCUGUGACUCGGGGGGCGACUGUGAGUGUUUCUGCACGGCCGUGGCCGCCUAUGCCCAGGCCUGUCGCGACAUGGGCGUGUGCGUGUCCUGGCGGACCCCGGACAUCUGCCCCCUGUUCUGUGACUACUACAACCGCGAUGGCCGGUGCGAGUGGCACUACCAGCCGUGCGGCGCGCCCUGCAUGAGAACCUGCCGGAACCCGAGCGGCCGCUGUCUGCACGACCUGCGUGGCCUGGAAGGCUGCUACCCAAAGUGCCCGCCCAGUGAGCCGUUCUUCAGCGAGGACCAGAUGCAGUGUGUGGCCCAGUGCGGCUGCUACGAUGAGGACGGGAAAUACCACGACGUGGGCGCGAGGGUCCCCGCAGCAGAGAACUGCCAGAGCUGUGAAUGCACUGCUGGCGGCCUCCGGUGCACGCACAGCCUCGCAGCCUGCACCUGCGUCUACGAGGGCAGGACCUACCAUUACGAAGACGUCAUCUACAACACGACCGACGGGCUCGGAGCCUGCCUGAUGGCCAUCUGCGGACACAACGGAACGAUCCUUCGCAGGGCUGUGGAAUGUCCUGGAACCCCGUCCACAACACCCUUCACCUUCACCACCACCGUGGCCCCGCUCGCCACGACAGGUGAGCCUGGUGGACGCGCUGCUCGUCCUGCCUCCCUCUCCCAAGCCCCGACCCCAGGCAGCAGUCUGGGCGGAACGGGAGGCUGCUACCCAAAGUGCCCGCCCAGUGAGCCGUUCUUCAGCGAGGACCAGAUGCAGUGUGUGGCCCAGUGCGGCUGCUACGAUGAGGACGGGAAAUACCACGACGUGGGCGCGAGGGUCCCCGCAGCAGAGAACUGCCAGAGCUGUGAAUGCACUGCUGGCGGCCUCCGGUGCACGCACAGCCUCGCAGCCUGCACCUGCGUCUACGAGGGCAGGACCUACCAUUACGAAGACGUCAUCUACAACACGACCGACGGGCUCGGAGCCUGCCUGAUGGCCAUCUGCGGACACAACGGAACGAUCCUUCGCAGGGCUGUGGAAUGUCCUGGAACCCCGUCCACAACACCCUUCACCUUCACCACCACCGUGGCCCCGCUCGCCACGACAGGCUCAGUCCCCACCGUCUCCACCGUGUGUGUGGUCGAGCUCUGCCUCUGGUCCGACUGGUACGACAGCAGCCCCCCCGAGCCUGGCAUGGCAGGUGGAGACUUCGAGACGUUUGUGAGCCUGAGGCAGAGGGGCUACCAGGUGUGCCUGGCCCCGGCGAGCAUCGAGUGCCGCGCACAGCAGCUCCCUGACACCCCCCUGCAGCAGCUGGGCCAGAAGGUGGAGUGUGAUGUGACCCGGGGGCUGACCUGCCUCAACAGCGAGCAGAGCCCCCCGCUCUGCCACAACUACGAGCUGCGCGUCCUCUGCUGCGACUACCUGCCCUGCGGCACGUCCCCCGGCGCCACCACCCGGCCCGGGUCCGCCCCAACCGCGCAGACCCUGCCUGCGGAGCCCACCACGACAGCGACCCAGGCGCCAAGCAGCUCCCCGGCCUUGGCCACCACCUCCUGCCGGCCCCGGUGUCAGUGGACGGAGUGGUUCGACGAGGACUACCCCAAAUCCGAGGAGGCGGGGGGGGACGUCGAGUCAUACGACAAGAUCAGGAGCGCGGGAGGGGCCGUGUGCGAGCGGCCCCUGGACAUAGAGUGCCAGGCCGAGAACUUCCCCGGCAGGAGCGUUGAGGAGCUGGGCCAGCGCGUGCACUGUGACGCCGGCUUCGGCCUGGUGUGCAGGAACCAGGAGCAGGUGGGCCUGUUCAGGAUGUGCUAUAACUACAAGAUACGCGUGCUCUGCUGCAGCCACGACCACUGCUCGGGGCCCACCACCGAGCCACGGGCGCGGACCACGGCGCAGACAACCAUGCUGCUGUCGGGGACCACGCAAGCCCACACGACUCCCACGGCGACGGGACCGGAGGCCACAACAGGCAGCAUCUCCACUGGCCCCCCGUCCAGCCCACGCACGACCCCAGCAAGGACAUCGCCGGGAACCCUGGAAACAGCCAUAACCGAGGCCUUCACCAGCCAGGGCACAGCCGGCUGUCAGCCCCAGUGCGAGUGGACAGACUGGUUUGACGUGGACUUCCCAACCUCAGGGGUCGAGGGCGGGGACCUGGAGACCUUCGACAACAUCAGGGCUGCCGGGGGCACGCUGUGCGAGGAGCCCCAGAAGAUCGAGUGCCGUGCAGAGAACUACCCUGAGGUUAGCAUCGACCAGAUCGGACAGGUGCUCAGCUGCAGCCUGCACAGGGGGCUGAUCUGCAAGAACCAGGACCAGAAGGGGCCUUUCAACAUGUGUUUCAACUACAACAUCCGUGUGCUCUGCUGCCGCCCGACCCCACACUGCCCCAGCACCGCUGCGCCCAGCACCCACAGCACCGCCACCGGGGGCCCCACGUCUCCAGGACCAGGAGCCACGACCACAGUGUCCCUCCAGACCCACGCCUCCUCCCCUGGGUCCACGCAGACGGUCCCUGUCUCCACCAUCCAGACCCUUCCCACCCCUGCCAGGACCACAGAGAGUGUCUCCAGUCCUGGUCCCUCUGCCUCCCUGGGGACCCCGACCACCACCACCAAGCCCAGCUCACCCAGUGCACCCACCACAGUCCCCGUGGUGACCUCCAGCACGUGGAAGCCCCCUGCGUCCUCACCCAGCACGUCCACCUUCGAGACCCCGCUGGUCUCCACGUCCCCACCGCCCAGCUCCACCACGCACACCCUGGCCACCUCGUCCUCCACGGGCUGCAGCCCGCGGUGCACGUGGACAGACUGGUUCGACGAGGGCUACCCCGUACCGGGCCUGGAUGGCGGGGACUUCGAGACCUUCUCGGUUUUCCGCUCAGCGGGGUACAACUUCUGCCAGCACCCCCAGGACAUCCAGUGCCGAUCGGAGAAGGCGCCGGACGCGCGUCUGGAGGACUUGGGGCAGGUGGUCCAGUGCAACGUGAGCUUUGGGCUGGUGUGCCGUAACCGCGAGCAGCCGGGGCCCCUGCACUACUGCCACAACUACCACGUGCGUGUGCUCUGCUGCGAGGACGACAGCCGCUGCGCCAGCUCCACCGCCCCCGCGCCCACCACGCCGUCCCCAGUGACGUCCACCACGCAGGCCACCACGCGGGCCACCAGUACAUUCCACUCCGUGCCCGUCACCCGGGUCUCCGCAGCCUCCACGCUCCAUCCCCGUGGCAGUGAGUCCCCACCCUGGCAUCCCGAGACCUCGCCCGGACUCCCCAGCGCCGUGCCCAGCACAGCCCCGGCCGCCUCCAGCACAGGGGCCAGCCCCGGCACCUCGCUAUCACCCCCCACGCCCGAGGCCACCAGCUCUCCGCCCGGCACCACCUUGGGCCUCUCCACGACCGCCUCCAGGGCCACGGCACCCACGGGCAAGACUGAGACCUCCCUACCUGUCACCUCCAGCCACACACAGGCCCCCACGUCCCCUGUGGCCGGGUCGACGGCCUGUGAACCACGCUGCACCUGGUCGGACUGGCUAGACGAGAGCUACCCGGUGCCGGGGGCCUCGGGUGGGGACUUCGAGACCUACGCCAACAUCCGGGCCGCGGGCAAAGCCAUCUGCAAGCGGCCGGUGCAGCUGCAGUGCCGGGCGGAGGUGUGGCCAGAGACGCCGCUGCAGGAGCUGGGCCAGGUGGUGCAGUGCAGCCCGGAGGAGGGCCUGGUGUGCCGCAAUCAGGACCAGGACGGCCCGUUCAGCACGUGCUUCAAUUACCAGAUCCGCGUGCUCUGCUGCGAGGACGACAGCCACUGCGCCAGCACCCUGGCCACCACGGCGGUCAGCUCGCAGGGCACCAGCCUGGCUUUGACGCCCGUGCUGCCCACCAGCACCACGGCCCAGACCGCCACGGCCCCCAUUCCUCCGGCCCCUAGCACUGGCCGGACCUCGGCCACCCCCACAUGCCAGCCCACCUGCCGCUGGACCGAAUGGCUGGACAGUGACCAGCCCCUGCCCGGCCGCUAUGGGGGUGACAUUGAGACCUACUACCACAUCCGGGACGCCGGCAGCCAGCUCUGUGCGGAGCCUGAGGCCAUCGAGUGCCAGGCUGUGCUCUACCCAGAUGUGCCCUUGUGGCAGCUGGGCCAGAACGUGCGCUGUGACGUGCACUAUGGGCUCAUCUGCCGGAACUACUGGCAGACAGGGGGCCUCGCCUGCCUCAACUUCCAUAUCCGCGUGCUCUGCUGUGAGGACGACAGCCACUGCGCCGGCUCGGCCACCACGGAGCCUACAACCACCAGCAUCAGCACAGGACAAAGGUCAUCGGGGGUAACUGGGCUGCAGACCACGGCCACCCACCCCUCUUCCCCAGGGACCACGCAGACAAGCCCCUUCUCCACCCUGACCACCCUGGAAGUCACCUCUCAGACAGGCCCCUCAUCCCCUGGGACCACCCUGACGAUCACCAGCUCCACCUCCCAAACAGGACCCUCUUCCCCAGAGACCACCACCAGGGUCUCUGGCCCCACCUCUCAGACAGGACCCUCUUCACCUGGAACCACCCUGUCAGUCACUGGCUCCACCUCCCAGACAGGACCCUCUUCCCCAGAGACCACCACCAGGGUCUCUGGCCCCACCUCUCAGACAGGACCCUCUUCCCCUGGGACCACCCUGUCAGUCACUGGCUCCACCUCCCAGACAGGAGUGUCGCAGGAGAGCGAGCCGUGUGACUUCCACUUUGAGUGCGAGUGCUCCUGCAGCGGCUGGGGGGACUCGCACUACACCACCUUCGACGGCACGUCCUACUCCUUUCUGGACAACUGCACCCACGUGCUCGUGAAGGAGAUCCACCCACGUUACGGGAACCUUAGUAUUUACAUGAACAACCACUUCUGCGGGGCCGUCACUGCCACUGCCCGCUGUCCCCGCGCCCUCAGCGUCCACUACAACUCCAUGGAGGUCAUCCUCACCACCAGCGCCGGUGCCCACGGGCAGGGGAGCCUGAUCCUGUUCGACCACACGCAAGUGAGCUCGGGCUUCAGCAAGAACGGCGUGAGUGUGUCCGUGACGGGGACCUCCACGAUGCACAUCGACAUUCCUGCCAUUGGUGUGAACAUCACCUUCAACGGGGACGUCUUCCACAUCCAGCUGUCCUACAGCCACUUCAGCCACAACACUGAGGGCCAGUGCGGCACCUGCACCAACAGCCAGACCGACGACUGCCGCCAGCCAGACGGCACCAUGGCCCCCACCUGUCAAGACAUGGCCCACAGGUGGCUGGUCCCCGAGAGCGGCAGGGAGGACUGCUGGGCGCCGACCCGCCCGCCCCCGACGGCUGGCACCUCGACCUCAGCACCCGCCACGCCCACCUCCUCCCCGUGCCCCCCGGUGCCCCUCUGCGAGCUGCUGCGGAGCCCGGUCUUCGCGGAGUGCCACGCCCUCAUCCCACCUGAUCCGUUCGUCAGCUCCUGCGUCAGUGAUGACUGCCAAGCCAACCCCCACCAGGCGCCCUGCCGGAGCCUGGAGGCCUACGCGGCGCUCUGCCGUGCCAGGGGCGUGUGCAGCAACUGGCGGAAUGCCACCAACGGGCUGUGCGACUUCACCUGCCCACCCGACAAGGUGUACCAGCCAUGUGGCCCCGCACAGGCCGCGUCCUGCGACUCCAGGAGCCAGAGCGCAGCAGGCAGGGGGCUGGCAGAAGGCUGCUUCUGCCCUGACGGACACACCCUCUUCAACACGCACACCAACGUCUGCGUGCGCGAGUGCGGCUGUGUGGGACCAAAUGGGUUUCCCAAAUCCGUGAGUGUUCUGCCCCCCGGCUUGAGCAGAGGGAGGGAGGGCCCCAUCUCAGGCCAGCCUGCUCUGCCCGGNAGAGACCACCACCAGGGUCUCUGGCCCCACCUCUCAGACAGGACCCUCUUCACCUGGAACCACCACCAGUGUCUCUGGCCCCACCGCUCAGACAGGACCCUCGUCCCUUGA